AAUCACCUAAGGCAAGAGGCAGGACAGGGUCUGUUAGCUCAUUACUGAUUUGCCUAGCAAAUAAACCAGCAGCUGCUCUCCUCACCAGUGAACUGACACUUGCAGCAAAGUGACAACUGCAUGGGACAGGAUGCUUCCAUGGAGCUCCUCAAUGGUACACCCUACCUUUUAAACAUCACCCUAUACGCGCUGCUUCUAGGAACUUGCUGUGCUCUGAAAAUCAGAAUCCCAUCACCCACCAUCCAUGGCAUCGAAGGGAGACCACUAAUCCUUCCUGUUCACUAUGAUUCUUACGUUCCUGCAUCCGGCAUCCAAAUCAUAUGGGUGUUUGAAAGGCCCCAGACCCCGGCAAUGUUUCUGCUAUCGUCCGUUAAUAAGUCAGUGGUUUCCGAUUUGGAAUUUCAGCACAAGUUCACCUUGCAGCCUCCAAACGCAUCACUGUUGAUUCCUUCCUUGCAUUUAAGAGAUGAGGGAACCUACACUGUGAAAGUCAACAUCAGAAGCAACACUACCAUUUCUUACACUCAGAAGAUUGAUGUUAUUGUGCAUGUUCCUGUAUCAAAGCCUACCAUUAGCAUUAAGCCCCCACACGAAGCAGUGGAAUACAUUGGGAAUAUUACGUUUCAUUGUUCAGUGGAGAAAGGAACCCGCGUUACAUAUAUGUGGCUACGAGAUGGCAAGCCACUGGAAAGCAGUCCGUCUUAUAACUUUUCCCAGAAUGGCACAUUUCUCAUCGAUCCUGUGAUGAAGACAGAUAUUGGUAAUUACUCAUGUUUGGUGAAGAAUUAUGUCAGCCAAAUGGAGAGUGAUGUGAUCACACCAACAAUAUAUUAUGGGCCCUAUGAGCUGACAGUCAGUUCAGAUAAAGGCCUUAAAGUCGGAGAGGUGUUCACAGUAGACAUUGGAGAAUCCAUACAAUUUGAUUGCUCAGCCGACUCAAAUCCCCCAAAUACUUUUUCAUGGAUCCAGAGGACUGAAAAUUCAACAGAGAUCAUUAAUUAUGGUCCAUACUUUAAAAUUGCUUCUUACAAAGUAGGACAAAAGACCGUGGAUUACAUGUGCCGGGCAUACAACCACAUCACCGGGAAGCUCGAUGAAACACAAUUUACAGUUAUCUAUGCAUCCACAGAUCCACAAAAGCUUAUGCAGAAUGGGAACACAUACCCUUUGGCAGCAAUAACUGGCAUCUCUUUGUUCAUAAUUCUGUCUAUAUGCCUUCUGUUUGUCUGGAAAAAAUACCAAUUCUUCAGAGCCAUACGUUGGAAAAUCCCAAACAACAGGCCUUCUCAAGAAUACAGAAGAACACAGAUUUUUUCUGGACAUGAAGACGCCAUCAAUGAUUUUGGAAUUUAUGAGUUUGUUACACUGCCUGAACCUUAUACACCUCACAGAGUGGCAAGCAGUUCAGUGUCCAAUGCUUCACACGCCCAAGACACAAGCUGCACUGUGUAUGAGGUGAUACAACAAGUUCCGGAACAGCAGCAGCAACAACAGCAACAACAUACUGACAGAGAUGAGUGAAGGAAAUUCUCAGCUUUGAAUGGACAUGAUGCUGCACGGAGCUAAAUGUCCCUGUGGCCCCCACUAUCAAUAGAAUUUCCAGUUAAAUACCUCAAUGGUGGAGCAGCACAGUGAAUCCCACAUGUGAAAUAGUUGGAGCAAAUAAGUGUUCUACGGUAGUACAAUCAUAUGUUUACAAAGGGAAAAGAUGGAGCAUAACAAUAAUAUCCCAGGAAUAUCCCAGUUGUAGUCUGGAUCAGCAUGUCACCAGGCAGUUAGGGAGGAUUAUUGAGCUCACUAACCUAAAAACCAGCAGGCGCCUUACUCUUCAGACCUGAGGUGUCCUGCAUUGAUUCAUUUCAAGAUUAUUAUGGGCAUUAAUUUGCAAUGAUUGCUUGGCUAAUAAUUAAUACCUUUAAUUUUAAAUGUUUAAAAAAUUUUGUUUUGUUUUUGAAGUCCCAAGACAAAUAUCUAAUGAAAAACAUUAGAAUUUGGACAGUUAUAAAAAUUUACAGAAGAUUGUCCAAUGUGCACUUACAUCAUACCUCCCAACUGUCCCGUUUUUCGCGGGACAGUCACGAUUUUGGCACCUCAACCUGCAGUCCCAAGUUUUUUACUGAAAUGUCCCGACUUUAUCUCCUGCACUGAACAGCCAGAAAAAUAUACAAAGUUUCUAUCUUAAUUGGCUUUUGGCAGAGAGCCCCAAAUAGAUUCUUAGAUAUAUUUGUAACAAUUUAAGAUAAGCAAAGAAGCAAUUGUAACCAUUUAAGAUAAGCAGCAGUGAAGUGGUUUUACCCGACCCGCCCGACCCAGAGGGGGCAGGGUCCCACGGGUAUCAAGCCGGACAUCACUUAUAAGCAGGUCUUUUGGGGAUACUGAUUGCAGCUUAAAGGGCAAUGCACCGUCAUUAGCAAAGCUGUAAUAACACAUAAAAACACAGAGAUGUGUUCAAAUUUUAAUAACCUGCCAAAUUUUGUAAAAUUUCCAAAAUGUUGGGAGGUAUGCUUACCGUAUAUGUUUGUAAAAUUUGUAUUUGUAGCUUUCCCCUCCCAUGCUGUUUAUACAUUCCAUCUCUCCCAGCCCCAGUAGGGUUAUCAGAUUAUUUAUAGAAUCAGGGACACUUCUAAUUGCUGGGUUUAAAUUAUAUGCAACCCAUGCCAUCCUUCUAGCUGGAUUUUCAAGAGGAGUCUAUUUUUUUAUUUGCCCUGGUAACCUUGCCAAACAGUACCAACCAUUUUUCUCCAUUGUGGUACGGCAAAAUUGGAAGAGAUGGAAUGAAUCCCUGUAUUCUUGAUAUGGAAAAAAAAGAAUAAACCAGGAAUUACAUUGUGACAGCCAGUAUAUUCUUGCUGGGCUCUAGUGGCCUCUUCCCAUUAUUAGUCUAUUCAUUGUCAAUUCUUUGAAUUUAUAUUUAAUAAAAAUGUCUAACAAUUACAUAUGCAGAUAUGAGAUCUGUCAUCCAGAAAGGUCCAAAAAAACAACAAAGCAAGUUUCCAUUGUAUAUAGUUUAAAAUGUUUAUUAUUUAACUAAUAAGCCUUUAACUAAUAAAUGUAUAUUUAACUAAUAAGCCUUUUAUUAUUUAUUAAACAGUGCCUUAUACUUAAAUUAAAUAAGAUAGGAUAAAUCUGCAUUAAUAGCAAAACAAAUGCAUUCUUUUAAAUAUUUAAUCUUCUGCAGAUUUUAAACUUGGCCUCCCAGGUUAUAGAAAGACCUCCAUCCUAAAAAUCCUGCUUCUUAAGUUUUCUGGAUAACUGAUCCCAUAGGUGUCCUAUAAUUUAACAAGACAUUGAAUAACUUUCAAAGGAAUAGAUACUGUAUGUUUUUGGCAAUAUUGUGUAACAAUGUUUAAAAGGCAAUGUUAAAACAAGAACUUUUGUUCUAUUUUGUAAGAGCUUUAUAAAUAAUUGUAGUAAUAUA